AUGUCCCUAAACCGGGGCGAUGCGGUGACCAAAUCUAAUAGUUUAGAUUUAUAUCGACCACCGGCAUUACGACAUAAUGUCAGCGAUUCUUCAAGGAUACAAACAGGUAAUCAGAACGAAACAUUUCAUGAAAUUCAUUCCUCUUCUGUGACACCGGAAUCUCCUGCUACCUCGAUAUCGUGUAAUAAUUCACCAAUACAUACAAAAACAAGUACAAAUGGCAUUGUGGACAAUACGACCUCGACACAACAAAAUGGUUUGGACUCAAAUCCACAAAAACAACAACAAAACCAAGAAGUAGCAGACGAGACAUGUAAACCACCGCAAAGACAACAACAGCAGUCCAGACGUGAACGACGUCCAGAUAGAGCUGUUUAUAUUCCAAGGGCACGACGUAGUCAAACAACUCCACCAACUACAACAUCAAUUCAGCAAGCACCACCACCACAGCUAGCACCAUCUAUAUCGGUACAAGACCCAACAGCAGUGAAUGGGCAUACGGCUGCGGCAACCACCACAACAACAACAACAUUAACCACCACUGCAAACCAUACAAACAGCAAAAGUCUAAACCAAAACCAACAAUUGGCAAUUACUUUGGACGACACAACAGCUGCUUCAGUCACCGAUAAGCCAUCGUCUAAAACGGACGAAGUUGGCAAAACAACAAGCAGUAAUAGCACAAUAACAAAGAAAAGAGAAAAAUCAAGUAAAGAAACGCGAGAACGUCGAGAACAUCUAAUUGCCCAAAGAGAAAAAACGCCACCACCACCAGCACAACCGUCAAUCGCCGAUGUAAAUUCUAUAACAAAUUGUAGUCAGAAAACGAACAGUUCCGUAGGCAAUGUGCUAGACUGCGAUACAGAACAACAAGAAUACAAUUUAGUGCUGAAUACGUCAAAUGGUAUUGAGUUGAAUCAGGAAUCGCAUGUAUUACCGAAUCGUUUGAGUUUCAAUCACGGCGAUAAUUUUGUUAUAAACGAGUUUGUCGAGACUACCACCCAAUUGCUGUCUGAACCUACUGACACUGUUAGUAAAAAUUUCGCAAACAUAUCCAACUCUCUCACAAACAUUACCAACGAUAUUACCGCAAUGCCCAAGCCAAACAAAAAUAAACAAAACAAUGGCAACAAGACAUCCAAUGCUGUUGUGGAUAAUGCCAAGAUGCCUAAUUUACGUAUUGAGGAUGUUGCAGUAGCACAAACACCCAAAUGUGAUAUCGAAGAACAGGAAUUACAACGUGCUUCAAAGGAAAUCAAUCGCAGUAAUCGUCGUAUUAUGAAACAAACGUUCGUAUCCGACGUUCUACAAAUCCCCGAUCACAUUGCCGAAGAUGAAGACGAAUUGAAAUCAAAAACGCUAUCAACAGCUGUUAAGAAAACUGUGACAACAACAAACCAACAAACAGCGGAGAGUAAUUCUGAAGAAGACGACGAUGAAGAGGACUGGGAAAAGAUGUACGAUGAAAACGGCGAAUGUUUAGAUCCAAAGAUUAUGCAAGAAUUGACUGCGUCGGUUGGCAAGUGUAAAAUUGAAUUGCCCAAAAUGGAUUACAGCGCGUUUUUAACAAAACAAUCCAUAUUGAAUGACGAGGAAUUCCCACAUGUUUUGGAGGUUUCCAAUUUCCCGGUGGAAUUUAAGAAUCAGGAUUUGCUGAUGAUUUUCUCUCAGUACAAAGAAUCAGGGUUUGACAUUAAGUGGGUAGACGACACACAUGCCCUGGCCGUGUUCAGUAGUUCACGCAUUGCUGCCGAAGUUCUUACCAUGGGACACCCGUUUGUCGUUCUAAAGCCAUUGGCUGAGGCAACACUUGAAUCUCGUGUGAAAGCUAAGAAAUGUGCCGCAUCAUUACAACCAUAUCGUCCCCGCCCUGAGACAUGCGCAGCAUUAGCCCGCCGUCUAGUCACCGGAGCUUUAGGAGUGAGACUUAAGACUGCAGCUGCUGAGAGAGAGAAUGAAAAACGCGUUUUGCGCGAAGCCAAAGAACGUAAACUACUAGCUGCCAAACAACGAGAUGAAGCUUGGGAAAGCUGAAAACGUUUUUGAAAUAUACAAUAGUGCAAUGGAAAUUAGUGGUAGCUCAUGAUAAUAUUCUGCCAUCCAUUUAGGAAUUAAAAGUCUUCUUGAUAAGUAGCAUAAGUGCGUACCUA